AUAAAAUAAUUAGGAAGCUUUCAUCGUCUCUUCUGCAUAACAUCUGUAGAAAGUCCCUACAAAGAUUAUUCGAUCUAGCUUCGAUGAAUCGAUACCAUCGCUAGGAAUCUGUCGUUUUCUUCUCCAAUGUUAAUUAUUUGAUCGGUGAAGCUUUUAUUGGUGGGGGUAAUAGUGGAAGCAUCUCUUUGUACAGCUAGAAGAUAAUAUUUCGGAAGAAUUAUAUGGGAAACGAUGAUGGUAUAGUGCCAGACUCGGCGUAUGAGGAUUGAGCAAGUUUCCAGUUCUAGUUGGUAGUAGGAAAAAAACGAAGACAUGAAAAUAUGGGUAGCGGAACAAACCACUUAAAGAGUAAUACUUUUAUCAAGAGGGAGGGAGAUAUGUCAGGAAGAAAGCCCUGUCCUGAGGAAAAUGUUCAGGAGGAUACAAAGAUCUCAGAUCAUGGUAUUAAUGGUGUGAAUGUCAAUAUGGUUGAGAAUUUUUGCUCUGCGGAUCCUAUGUUGUGUGACAGUCCCACUGCAACAAAUGAUGGCGUAUAUUAUUCCCUCAACAACACUGCGGAUGCUGAAAGCAAUCUCAGUUUUAUGAAUAAUGGAGAUAAAGAAAGCAAUGAUCUCUUCUACGGAUGGGGUGACAUAGGAAAUUUUGAGGAUAUGGACAAUAUGCUUAGGAACUGUGAUUCAACUUUCGGCUUGGAUGGUACUAGUAAUGAAGAUGACUUAUGCGGGUUCUCUUCUGCUCAGCCAAAUGAGAAUAGAGAGGCCGGGAUGACAGAUGAUUUAAAACCAGAUUCAGUGUUGGGAGAUCAAAGAACCCAUAUGUUACAGGUUGAAGAGUUUCUGAACAAUAGUGAGUCCAACUAUGCUGUUGAAGAUGAAAAUGGGUUUACUCAAGGAAACUCUUCAGAAAAUGUAUAUGAUACAAGUUUGCUGGAGAACGAUAUAUUGAUGCUAGAUGAAGAGGUUAAUUUUGAAAAGAAGCAGACUGAUCUUCUUCAUCAUCCGGAUUGGAAAAGUGAUGGGUACUCGGAGAACAGUUUUGUUUUACAACACAGUGGAACUUCCAGUGAAAGAGUGAACACAAAUCAGUAUUGCCCUCCCUCCGCAUUCCAACAACAAAGUGUUACAUACCCACAGUUCAAUAGUAAGCAGCCUUCGGAUCAAGUACCAGCAUGUGAAAGUAAUCCCGAUAUCAAAGCUGAGAACAAACCAAAUACUUCAUCUGCUUCAAAUGAGUCAUACACAUCAAAUCAGGCACAAUCGGUCAACAGUUUACAAGGUCCAACUGUUGAUGGUCGGUGUAGGAAGGGCUUUGAAAAGAGAGUUAACUUACAGCCCGGGCAAGAUUUGCUUCCUUUUGCUGGAACUCCCUGUAAGACAAACCCCAUGAUGGUGUUUUCUGAUGCUGCCCCUAUCUUAAAGACCGGGCUUGAGAAUGACCACAGAAAAGCUGCAGCUAAAUUGGAAACAUCAAACAUGCAGGAGACGUCUUGUGUUAGCUCUGUAGUGGAUGACAUUUCACUUGAAGCAACAAGUUUUGGCCAGCUUCAACAAGUCGUAGAACAGUUGGAUGUUAGGACAAAGUUUUGCAUAAGAGACAGCUUAUACCGACUGGCAAAAAGCGCGGAGCAGAGACAUAACUGUAUGAAUCCAAACGGUGGAAACACACAGGUGAAAGGUGCAGGCUCGCAUCAGACUGGUGAAACAGACAAGCACGUGGGAUUCAUGGAUAUUGAAACUGAUACAAACCCGAUAGACCGAUCCAUAGCUCAUUUGCU